AUGCUAGAUGAAUUAUGGUAUAACCUCUGCUCCCCAGACCCUGUAAGGAUGGCCUUGACUCCAUCUCACACCAAAUCAGACUUCGUUGACAUUGAUUUGAGCCCUCUUAAAUCCAACUCGGAAGUCGCACUGGUUCCUCAAGCCAUGGGCACAUCCAGUGGUUUAUCUCAAAAUGCCCCACUUGGAAGUCAGGGCUGCACUGUGCCCAUUCUGGUUGUCACACCUGCAAACACUGGUGCUGGCAUAGAGCAGCUUCAUCCUCCCAUCUCAGUGGAAACUAAACCAUCUGUGGUCAAUGGAAACUCAGGCAUGGUACAGACAUUCAACAAACCAGUUCAAGCCAUCCCAGAUACAACCGUGACCUCCCAGCAUUGCCCAACGGUGGAAGUGAGAGCAGUGGUCACCAAGAACUGCAACAGAGCUUCUGAUCCUGGGAACGGGGCUGUUAUUGAUGGUGGGAAGUGUCAGCCACCUCCUUCUGGCCAAUCCUCAGUGUCUCCUGAUCCCUCUUGCCCUACACAAACAGACCUCAGGGCCCUGCUGAUCACUGAAGCUGCAGCCAAACAAGCAUUUCAGGAAUAUGGUGAAAGCAAGUUUUGCUAUAGAGGCACUCCGGCCAAAGAGAUGAUAACUGAAGAACUGCAGCCAUUAAACACCUACAGGUAUUCCUUGGAAACUUUUACAGAGUCACGGACUUGUGAAUGGGUAACAGAAACAUAUACAGGUCAGCAUGUGGAUUCUAUGCAUGCUAGAUCUGCUCUCCAGCCUUCGGACAUCCCAGUUGCUGUACCUGAAAUGUUCAAAGAUGGGACUCAGAAAUUGAAAGUUCCUAAUACAUCCUCUGUGAAGGCUUGCUCACAAUGCAAAGGGAUGGGAAAGAACAUGUGUCUGAAGUGCCAUGGGACCACCCGGAUUCAGUGUAUGUGGUGUAAUGGGACUGGGAGACGUAUGCAGAUGGAGAUGUGUCAGCAGUGCUAUGGAAGCGGCGCUGAGAGCUGUAGGAUGUGUAACAACAUGGUCGCUCAGAACUGCAUUACCUGUGCUGGGAAGGGACAAAUCCUGAAAUACAUGCAGCUGAACAUCACCUGGAAGAAUAAUAAAUACCAAUAUAUAGUGGAUCAUAACUCUGAUUUCUCUUCGGAGCUCUUCAAAAAUGUCCAUGGAGAGCGGAUCUUUACAGAUGAACAGUUGACGGUUUCUCCACUGGCAGAUUUCCCAGACUCCUCUAUAAAUUGGGCUUCUCAGAAUGCUUUGGAGCAACACCGCACCCAGUUCUCCUCCUCAUGUCGUGUUCUAAGACAGAGGCAGAUCAUUGAACUUAUUCCUCUCACCAAGGUGUACUACAUCUGGAAAGGAAAUCAAUUAAACUAUUUUGUCUAUGGAAAGGAAAAGAAGGUGUAUGUAAAGAAUUACCCUGAGAAGUGCUGCUGCGCGGUCAUGUGACCUCCCUUGGCAGUUACCUAUUGCUACGUGUGUUCUCUCAUAUUUUAAUGUUUUUUUUUUUUGUUUUGUCUUCCACAUAAAAACACAGGAGGUAUAUUCCACAAGUAAAAUGUGCACAAAAUUCUGUUCUAAUAUAUGUAGAAUAUUAUUGUAGAAACCUUCCUUUAUUUUGUUUACAUUAGGUUUUCUGUG